UUCACGCGGUUCCGGGUAUUGAUGUUGGUUUCCUAAGCUGUUGGCAGAGAAACUGAGGCACCGAGAGGGAGCGACUGCUCCCGAAACCCACAGGAAACCCGCUUCCCUUCCUUGGACCCACUGUGAAAGGCUUGGCCUCGGGUCAUCGGCAGUGUCCCCGAAACUCCAAAUUUUUCUGGCAAAGGGGUGGUCAAGGCGACAUUUAGGACUGGAGUGACGGAGCAGUGACUGUUCUUGUGCCGUGCUACAGGUGAGGACGUGAAGACUCUGAGACUCUGAGCGUGAACAAGGUCGCGCUUUGGCGGCCGGGAUUUGAACCCGGACUGAGCCCAGCUCUGAGUCCUGCGAGGCCGUGUGGAACCGAGAUGACCCACUCUUUGGUUUGUCCAGAGACAGUGAGCAGGGUGAGUUCGGUGCUGAAUCGUAACACGCGGCAGUUUGGAAAGAAGCACCUGUUCGACCAGGACGAGGAGACCUGCUGGAACUCGGACCAGGGCCCCUCCCAGUGGGUAAUACUGGAGUUUCCCCAGCGCAUCUGUGUCUCCCAGCUGCAGAUCCAGUUCCAGGGGGGCUUUUCCAGUCGCCAGGGCCGCCUAGAAGGUUCUCAGGGGAGUGAGGCUCUUAGCAAGAUUGUGGACUUUUAUCCUGAGGACAACAACUCGCUUCAGACUUUCCCUGUGCCAUCUGCUGAGGUGGACCGGCUGAAAGUGACAUUUGAGGACGCCACUGAUUUCUUUGGCCGAGUGGUCAUCUACCACCUGCGGGUGCUAGGGGAGAAGAAGGUGUGAGGCCACUGGGUGGCUGCCUCCUCCAGGACGUCCUCCGGGAAGCACAGUGAAGUCCUUCAAGUUCUGCACAGAAGGUUUAUUGGUUCCUCUUGGAAGGGCCCCCUCCCACCGUCUGUCCAGGAGCUGCCUUUGAAGCCAGUUCUGGGUUCCCCCAGCUCUGGGUCGACCAUUUUGUUCCCUGAGUGUCUGAGUCCCUGGCAGACGGCGUUCACUCAGGGGUGGCGGGCACCAGGUUGCUCUGGAAGAGUUUAAGGAUGUGGUUCUCGAUCACCUGUUGCACUGGAAACAGAACAGGGAAAAGGUGGGCCAUGAACUGAACAGCGGCUCCAAGGGCACAGGCCAACCUGUACCUUCCCCUCAGGGUAAGAACAGGGGCCUCAGCCCUGGGACCUUGAUGGAGGACCCAUUUCAUACACAGGAAGUCCAAGCCCUUGCCAGAGCACAGCUGGGAAGACGGAGGCCCCCCUCAUAGGAACCUCUAUUUCCCCUAAGUUUGUAAAAAUGCAUUUUUGGAGGCUUUUCAGAAUUAUUAAAAUAUUCCUUACCAAACAAAA